AGGCUAUUAGUGCAAUAUGAAGAGUGUUCUGCUGAUUAGUGCUUUUUGCUUUGUGUGGAUGGAACUUUUGCUAGCCUGGCAGCAGCAAUCCUCGGACCCGUAUAGACAGGCCCUGAUCAAUUACCGGUCGGAUGCGCCGAAGAAUAAGUUCUACGAGUUAUCAAGCGAGCAGUACGUUCCGGGUACUUUUGACGCGGAUUCGGGAGUUCGAGAGAAGCGUUUAAGUGAUCCUACCUUUCGAGGUAAUCCGAAGACUCGUGAACAGAUUUGGGCUAGGAAUUUUGCUCACAUUUUGGUGAACGAUAGGCAGUCAAAGUCGUUGGUGGAUUUGUUGAUCCGAGUUGUGACAAAGUAUCUGCACGCAUGUAUUCCGAUCAUUCUGUUCGAUUCGUAUGUUGAGCAGACGGAAGGCUUAAUGAUGGAGUCACUAUUUAGUCAAUUUCCGUUGACUUAUACUUGUGGAAAAAUCGGGCCGAACUACACGCUGGAAAAUCCGGAGAUUAUCGCCAACACUGCUUCCAAGUGCCGCAGCUAUAUAAUUUUCUUGUCCGAUGCACUGAUGACCCGCCAUAUAAUUGGACCUCAGCUGACCGACUAUGUUGUCGUUAUACCGCGUUCAAGUCAGUGGAAGUUACAGGACUUUCUUUCGUCGAAGGAAUCCAGAGAUAUUCUGAACCUGCUGGUCAUUGGCGAAUCGUACUCGGCGGGAAAGUCAGCUAACGAGGAAGUUCCGUACGUGCUGUACACACACGAUCUGUACAUAGAUGGAUUGGGUUCGAACCGCCCAAUUGUGUUGACGACCUGGAUGAACGGGAAAUUUUCCCGUACAAACGUGGAUCUGUUUCCGAAAAAGAUCAGGAAGGGUUUCUCGGGACAUCGCUUCACCGUUGCGGUAGCUCACCAACCUCCAUUUGUGUUUAAACAACUGUCAACAGAUGCGGUCGGCAACAUUGCCAUUCGGUGGGAUGGGAUAGAAAUUCGAGUGCUGAAAACGAUGGGGAAUUAUCUCAACUUUACGAUCGACUAUAAGGAGCCGUCCAAAGGCUAUCUUGGUCCAGGAGACGCUAUAACGGAUGAAGUUGAACGACGUCAAGCGGAUAUUGGAGUUGCUGGAGCAUACGUGACCAUCGAGCGAAACGUCAAUACUGAAAUGUUGGUGCAACACUCUUCGGACUGUUCCGCCUUUAUCACGUUGAUGUCAUCGUCUCUUCCUAGGUAUCGCGCCAUCUUGGGACCGUUCCAGUGGCCAGUAUGGUUGGCCUUGACGUUGAUCUAUUUGCUGGCCAUAUUUCCGCUGGCUUUUUCCGACAAGCUCAGCUUGCGGCACCUGAUCGGAAACUGGAGCGAGAUCGAGAACAUGUUUUGGUACGUGUUUGGUACAUUCACAAACAGUUUAACCUUUACCGGUGAGAACUCGUGGAGCAACACGAAGAAGACCUCGACGCGGUUGUUGAUUGGUAUUUACUGGAUGUUUACCAUCAUCAUCACAUCGUGUUACACUGGAUCAAUCAUCGCCUUUGUAACUAUGCCGGUGCUUCCGGAUACGGUGGACACGGUCGCUGAGCUACGCAGAGGAUUUUACCGCGUUGGAACACUGGAUCGUGGCGGCUGGGAGCGAUGGUUUUUGAAUUCGAGUGAUGCAUCUACUUCCAAACUUUUAAAGAAGCUUGAAUUUGUGUCCAGCUUGGAGGAGGGCAUAAAGAACGUUACGGACGCUUGGUUGAUUUCGUAUGCAUUCAUCGGUUCCAAGGCUGAGCUAAACUAUCUGGUCCAGUCCAACUACUCAGAUGAAUCACACAACAAACGCUACGAGCUGCACGUUAGUAAGGAGUGCUUUUCGCUGUUUGGUGUAUCGUUUGUCCUGCCUCAAAAAUCGGUUUAUCGGGACAAAUUCAACAAUGGGAUACUGUACAUGCAGGAAGCAGGUAUAAUAGGUAAAUUAAGCAAGGACGUAUCUUGGGAUUUGCAGCGAACGAGUGACGGCCGAUUCCGGCAGGCUUCGGUUGGCAAAACGUUGCGUUCACCAACGGCAGGAGCCGAGAAGGGUCUCACACUGGGCGACACGGAGGGUAUGUUUCUGUUGAUGGGCAUUGGGUAUCUCUUAGGUCUGGCUGUACUGAUCUCCGAGUGGAUCGGCGGGUGUACCAACAAGUGCAAAGAGUUGAUCGAAGCUCGUAAGGAUCGUUUCCGGCGCUCGUCGACCUCCUCGAUUCCCGCAUCCAGUGCAUCCUCGGCGAACCAAAACUCACCCAGAAGACGACCGACGGGAAAGGAGUACAACCUCAUGUACAACGGCGACAGCAGCUCGCAAGCGUUGACUCCCCGGGCUGGCUUCGACGACGACAGUGGAUCGGAUAUUAGCGAGGGAACGCGCACCAGAAGAACCCUUUCGGAGAGCCUUCAGGACGUGGGCCAGAAUACGCUUCAAGAACUGUUCGAUGGUCCAAACCGCAGGCAUUCGACGAUUGUUUACAUCGAUGGGAAGAUGAUGUCGGAGGAAGAAGCGCAGCGAUAUGCGGCCACCAAGAAGUCCAAUCGCUCGCACUCCAGUCUGGGAUCGGUUGUGGAGCACGAGGUGACUCGGCUGUUCAAGUUCCUGGACGAUCGGAAGGGAAGCCACGAGGAGCAUCGACCCAAGCAUUCACGCUAUCAUUCUCGCUCGAUUGAGGUUGCAGCAGAAGUUAACAGGACGGUGGAUAACGCGGAGAAGCAGGUCGUAGAGAAGUCAUUUGGAGAGGAACUGUUGCAUUGAGCGACCCAUACAAGCUUUUCAUGCAAUUUUGACAGCUGACCAUACAAAAAUUGUCCGAAAAUAUUUGAAAAUCGGAUUCUUUAAAAGGAAUUUUCUGAUCGAUACAGUGUCUUUUGCAAUGUUGUUUAUUAGGACAAUAAUUCAAUUUCCCAAAUUCGGUAUUUUUUUCACUUUUGGAUUUUAUUUUAAAAUCCGCAACGUUUAAGCCAUAGAAUAUGCAAUCGAAAGUAUUAUACAGAAAUUUUGGUAACUACGAAAACGAGAAAAAAAACAACUUUUACACUUAAACUACGAUAGCUUUAAAACAUCAGCGAUGGCCUAUAUUUUUUUGGACACGUUGCGUGUUUCAAUUACGAAAAUUCCGGUACCCAAAAAAGUAAAGGUCAUCGCUGAAAUUUUAAAGCUGUCGUAGAUUUAGUGAAAAUAGUAGAAUUCUCGAUUUCGUCAUUUUCCCGUAUUUGCUCGUGGCGCGUGGAUAAACUCAGUUUUUAUUUUCAGAAGAUCAUAUCUCGUGAACGCACGGACCACUUAACAUUUUCGGUAUGUUUUGUGAAUUUUUUUAUGCUCUUUUUCCAGACACGGUCAAAACGCCAUUGCAUGUUUUUAUGCGUCUUUUUAAAAAUUUUAGGCUUGAUUUUUGAUACUCGAAACUAUUUUUUCUUCAACUAAUCACCUUUCAGUUGUAUUCAAGACUUUUCAUGUCGGUUAAAAUGGGGCGAAGUUAUGAUUUUUUUUUUUAAAUGGGUUUUGCGAAAAUUUACGAAAAUGACCAUUUUUGGGACCAUCCUAGCACGGCGUAGGUUACCCUAAUAGCCAAACCAAAAAAAAAUUGUGGUCUGAUUAUUUUGGACAAGGAAUCCCCAGAAAAAUGUUGAGCCCGAUUAGAAAACUUUUUUUUUCGUUUUAUGUUCCUUUCAAAUGGAAUUGCUGUAAAUAUAACUAUAAAAAUUCUUAAAAUUUUUCGUUUUUUUACUUUUCUUAAAAAUACUUUUUUUGGAAAGAUCGGUAAAUUUCCAAAAAAAAAAAUCGUCUAAAAAACACUGAAUAUUUGAUCGCUGGUUGCUGAGAAUCUAAGUUACAGUGGAUUAAAGAAAAACAAACAGAAAAAUUGAAGUCUCUUCUAAACACCGACCGAUCGAACACGA